AUGGCUCCGGGAUUAGUUCGGAAUCCAAAAGCAAGAAUCAUACCAAAUAAUUCUCGGCAGAGUCUCAAAGAACACCUGACAAAGACAGGAGGUUUAACAAAGAGUAACACCCGGAAAACCGAUAUGGCAUCCGACAAAGUGAACAAGGGUUUGGCAAUAACUGAUGGUUCGUUUAUACGAAGCGAAAAUGCGAAUCCGACAUUCGAGGGAAACAUAGCAACUAUUCAGCCUCAGCCUCAGCCUCCUCAAACUCAGCAAAAGGAGAGUACUCUUAUGCCAGAAGUUCAGACUCCACAAACUCAGCAAAAUGAAUUGCAAAAUCAAAGUCAGCCACAUGGAAGCACUCCUGAUUCUUCAUCACACCAGGGAAAUCAACAUUCUCAAUCACCUCAGGCCGAUAUCAUUGAUCUGACAAUUCCGUGCUUGAAAACUCCUGAGAGGUAUGCAAUUCACAACUUAUCUUGA